AUGGGUUCCUUGAUCCAAGGUGACCCGACACACAAGUGCAGGCCGUUUUUCUUGACUUCAGGGCACUGGAAGGGUAGAGCGGUUGACCUCGCUCAGACUCUGUCGCAACGAUCGGCGCCCAUCGAGAUGGACAACCGGCAGAGAUGGCGCAUGGCUGCCCAUCUCGCCAUCAUGGAUUGGCGGAAAUCCCCGCCACUGUCCACAGCAACGCCCGGACAUAUCUGGGAUCUACUGUUGCCAAAGACUAGCCGCUGGGAUGAAAUGAUGGGCACAGGCUGUAUCAAACUGAUUGCGCUGCAGCUUGUCCUUCAAUUCUCUGCCUUCUGCAUGUCUGUACCUAGUACAAAUGACAGUAGAGCACUUGCCAGUGUGCACGGUGCUGUUCAGCGAAUUUGA